AUGUUUUACUACCCUGCUGUCUUAAAGCGUCAUUCAGGAUGUUUUUCCACAAUCUGGCUGGUUGCUACAAAAGGCAUCAAAGUUCCUCGCCGGGACUUCCUGAAGGUCAACGUUAAAAGCACCUGUGAUGACAUCAUGGACUAUGUGCUGGAGCGGGUCCCUGCACCACAACCAGGUCUGCCACGCCCUCGGUUCUCCCUCUACCUCUCCUCCCAGCUUCAGUAUGGCAUCAUCUUGGUCUACCACCGUCAAUGUGCUAUUCUCCUGGAGGAACUUCAGUCUGUUGUGGGCCAGCUAUUGAAGCAGAGAAGCUUCUUGAAAAUUGACAUGGAUGACCACAGCAAACAAGCUCUGGUCCUGCCAGAUGCCCUGUCUCUCAUGGAGGAAGUUGAAGGAGCUCCUGAUCCUUUAUUUGGAGUGAUGCACCUGCAGGAUCUCAUGCCCAGUCCCAGUACACUGAUAGAGAUGGAUCAGGAGUAUCUGAAGGAAGCCUCUCCUCAACUUCCCAAACUUCCCAGCCCAGCAGCACCUGCUGCUAAGCUGGAAAAUGGCAUAACUGCAUCUCCAGACACCAUCACUCUCAGAGAGCUGGAGCCUGUUGCUAUCCCCUCUACAGAGUUUGAGGGUGAAGACCUUAUUGAUAGCAGUCCAGAUGUUAUUGACUUCCUCUUGGCCCAAACUGAUCACUUUCCAGAAGGAAGUGUAGAGUUACCAAGAGAAGAGUUGGCACCCAGGGAGAAAGAGAAGACAAAGGAGCUUACAGAAUCCACCACUGAAUUGCAGCCAACAACCGUCUCCAGUGAGGAUGCCAUGUUGCUGCCUCAACAAAAGCCUGCAGAAAUGUCCCCCAGAGUCGAGCUCACCCCCGUCUUUGUGCCUGCCAUCCCCUCGCCACCUUCUGCACAGAGGAAACGUGAAAGACGCCUGCAAAGUCUGGAGGUAGAGGAUCUCCCUCCAGAGGUGGAGGUGAAGAAGAAGAGGAGGAGGAGGAAGCUGGUCUUUUUUGACUCGGAGACACAGCUCUCUCAGGAGGAGCAGCAGCGGCAGAUCAACAACCCUCUGACCGAGACCAGACGCCCACUUCUCCCGCUGCCCUCCACUCACAUGGUCCAUCCUGCUUCUGAGCUCCUCAACAACCCCUGCAGCUUCUUGCCCGAGGAGAUUCAGUUUCUAUGGAGACGGGUUUCCACCAUCAAGCCUGUCUUAGGCGUGGACCUUCUGGUUGGGGAAAGAGGGCCCGAGUCCAGUGACUCUGAGAGGGAGAGGGAGAUGAUGGAGGUGGCAGACAGAGAGGAGCAGAGACUUGAACUGAGCCCCAAAGAGGUCCAGAGAGAAAUGCUGGAGCCAGAGAUUCUUUAUUUGUCAGAUCAGGGUAUACUGCCACUGGAGACCUCGGACCAGAGGGAGCUGUCACGAGAAAUCUCACCCAUAGUUACAUCCGAGAGAGAGGGGUCCACUGUCUCCAGGUCUGUGUCUAUGCUGCAGGACAUCCCAGAGGUUGUGGAUGUGACGACUGAGAUAGAAGCAGCAGAGUUUCCCAGGCUGUUGCCGGAGUCACCGGAGCUUCAAGUGGAGUCUGUACUUUUUCAUUCGCUCUUACCACCAGAGCUCGACCGCAGAGCUGUCAGCAACAUCUUUCAGAGGCUGCUGGUAAAUUUAACUGCUGGGAAUAUGCGUGCGGAGCAGGACGAGCCUUAUGGGGACAUCUUGAUAUUUCCAGGAUCCAACUACCAAGAAAUGGAUCAAGCUACGUAACCAGCUCAUGCUCAUGUUUCUAUCGUUUUCUAUGUUCACUUUCAGAAUUAAAUGAUAUUAAGUUCAAAUAAUAUGCUUAUUAAACCUCAGAAGUCACAUGUUUUGUGAGUGAUUCUAUUAGUGUGUUUUUAUACAUGUAUUGUCAACAUGUUUGAAACGAUAAGAACUAUUUCACUGAGGUUUUCAUGUAACUUCACAUCAUUGUUCCAUGCUGCUGGUGUGACAAAUAUGCUGUAUUGAC